GGCGGACUUGGCCGGCUCGGGCAUUUUGGCAGCGCUUUUCCACCCGGAGGAAGCUCAGCACACAAAAUGGCCGCAGCGGCCGCUAUUUAUACAGACACGUAUGCAAAUUUCAGGCAUCAGCUCGGCGCAAUGCCAUUGGGCCUUUCCACACCGGGCUCGUCUUCGUCGCCGAUUGGUCACAACACGAUCCGUCCGCUCAUUGGUUCUUUCGGCAGUGCCCGGUUCCAGCCAAUCUCCGCGGGCUCAUCCCGCCCAGGGAAGGGAUAAAAGGGGAGCGGCGCUUGCGUCAGUAUGAUUGUCUCGGUUGUCGUCUGUGUCCGCCUGUGUCCCAUCCAGUCUUCCAGCAUGUCCGGCCGCGGGAAACAGGGAGGCAAGGUUCGAGCCAAGGCCAAGUCGCGCUCGUCGCGGGCCGGGCUGCAGUUCCCUGUCGGCCGUGUCCAUCGGCUUCUCCGAAAAGGUAACUACGCGGAGCGGGUGGGUGCCGGAGCUCCCGUCUACAUGGCGGCCGUGCUGGAGUACCUGACGGCCGAGAUCCUGGAGCUGGCGGGCAACGCGGCCCGCGACAACAAGAAGACGCGCAUCAUCCCCCGCCACCUGCAGCUCGCCAUCCGCAACGACGAGGAGCUCAACAAGCUGCUGGGCAAGGUGACCAUCGCGCAGGGCGGCGUGCUGCCCAACAUCCAGGCCGUGCUGCUGCCCAAGAAGACUGAGAGCCAUAAAGCUAAAAGCAAAUAAAUCUGGCGAGCAAAGCUACUCAGACUUUGCACGACGUAAAAUUUUAAACAAAAGGCUCUUUUCAGAGCCACCCACGUAGUCAGAAAAGAGUUGUGUUGCUUUCUUUACACAGGUGCUCUGAUGCGGAGUCUUCAAUUGUACUAAAUUUAACUCAAACGAACUUAGUGUUGCGCUAUUUUAAAACUUUGUUUCUACUGAAGAAGGCUGAUACAUUUGCUUUCCAACCCGUGUUUCUAAGUUGAUGUUAAUAUUUUUGUAAUGAUUUCUUGUUUCAUUUUUUCAUUGUAACACUCAGUAAAGAGCUGGUACUUCGUGGUUCUGCUCACCUUUCAUGGUUCCACAGCUUACUUAGGGUGUAGAAUACAGGACGGUGGUUGAAGCACGGGUGGGAGUGGCAAAAGCUAUGCAGCAUGGAGAUAAAUAGGAGACCAUCCUAAACCCUAGAUGUAGCUACAUCUAACAAUGAAAAAAGGAUUUCUUCAUUCCCUUUAAAGGCCUUUAUUCUUUAAAAGUUGCUAAGUUCCCUAUGUGUUAAAUACAUGUAGAAAUAAAAUGAGAAAUGCCUUAGCAAAAAUUGCAUUUGAUCUAUAUCUCUACUUAGUGAGACCUGCACUCUAAAGGAAAAGUGUAACACUCAUUCAGGAGCACCUUGUAGCGGUAGCAUAUUCCCAUUUUAAAAGGCAUUUUCAAACUUUCUACUCAUAACUUCUCUCACUGUUCGUUGCUACUCCUCUUCUUGUAUCAAUUAACAGUGGGUAAUAUUGAGUUUUCUAUAUUGUUGGCACAAAUAUCACCCCAGAGCACAACCUUAGAUCUCUUCAUACUCAUUAGUAUAAAUUAUGAGAAAUACUGUCUGACUGAUUCCUCUUGCUAGGAUAUUCCCGGAAGCCUAUCUGAUGAUCUGUAGGACACUGCACUGAGGUGAUUGGUCUCAUCUUUGCUGCACCUCUGCUCUUUCCAUCCCCUGGAGAGAAAGAGGAGUGCUCUGGGCUUGUGGGAAGGCAAUUCUCCCACUGCCUCCUCAUCAUCCCCAAGCUGUAGCAGAGAGGCUUUUUAGGCAGCAUUGUGCCAUGGCCAAAGCGGGGCAUCAGGGAUCAUUUGUGGAGAGAAAUAUAAAGAGAGCUGCUGGAGCACCAGACUAAUCUUUUGUAGUGAUGGUAUCUGUGUCUAAAGGUUUUGUUUUUAAGUGAACACGUUUUGGAUUGUAGUGGUUUUAUUAUGCUGUUUUAUUGAUCAUUUACUACAGCUAAAUAUCUCUGGCCCUUACACUUCUUCUUUAAAAACUGCAAUGGUAAAUAAAAUUUUAUUUUAACAUG